AUGUCAUCAAUAUUUGGGCGACGUAGUUCAUCACAGAAAACAAAUUCUGCAGGUUCUUCUCUAGUGAACAACAAUUUUGGAAAUUCGCCAAAUGAUAAAGAUUCAAAAUGGGAAUGUGUUGAUUCUGACGAUGCUGUUUCAAUUAGAAAAGCUUCAAAUAAUGAUGUUACAAACUCCUCAUCUCAUUCCAUAUCCAAUCCUCGUAAGUCAACAAAUGUUGUUAGCCAAGGAAAAGCACAAAAUCCAAACGAAACAAAAAUAAGAAAAAGCCUCUCACCCACUCAGGGUUAUGUAAAUAAAGGGAAAAGGAAUCCAAAAGAAGAUUUUAGCAUCUCUGGUGAACUUGAAAGCAUGAUCAAUGAUCAACUAAUGUUCAAGGGUUCCAACAAUGUAAGCAUGUAUGGUACUUUGGGUAACCUUAGAGGAGGGGGAGCUGGAUUGGAUCAUAAUCAUUAUAAUGAAAUGAAUUACUAUGCCGGUAAUGUUUCUAAUGGAGGACGCACGGAUAGACCCAUAGGACGUGAAUAUGGUAAUAGUAAUUACAACAAAGAAACUAAACCAAGGAAGGAACAAUCAAAUUUACCUUGUAGGACUUUGUCUACGAGAAUGGUGGAUCCUGAGCAAUUGAAGAUAAUGGGCAAUGAAGAUUACAAAAAUGGAAGGUUUUGUGAAGCCUUAGCUCUGUAUGAUGCUGCCAUCGAAAUUGACCCCCAAAAGGCCUUUUACAGGAGUAAUAAAAGUGCUGCAUUAACUGCUCUUGGAAGGCUUUUAGAGGCUGUUUUUGAAUGUAGGGAAGCCAUUCGAAUUGAUUCUCAUUACCAAAGAGCACAUAAUCGAUUGGGAAAAUUGCACUUUAGACAAGCCGGACCAGAAGCUGAUCCAGAUGAGAUUGCUAAAGUAAAGAUUCUCCAAGUACAUCUAAACAAAUGUACUGAGGCUCGUAGGUUGGGUGAUUGGAACACACUCAUAAAAGAAACCAACACUGUUCUAUCAUCUGGUGCAGAUUCUGCUCCACAAAUAUAUGCAUUACAAGCCGAAUCGCAGCUAAAGCUUCUUAAACAUGAAGAUGCAGACAAAGUAAUGUCGAAAUGCCCAAAAUUUGAUGUGGAUGAUUGUACCAAGUUCUUUGGACCAAUUGGUAAUGCAAACUUAUUGGUGACAUGGGCUCAAGUUGAUUUAGUUAAUGGCAGAUUUGAAAAUGCUUUGGAGGCAGCACAAAAAGCAAUGAAGCUAGAUCCAAAUAGUGGGGAGGCAAAUAAGGUGUUAAGAAAUGUUCGAGGUGUGAUAAGUGCUCGUACAAAAGGAAACGAACUUUUCAAGGCAUCAAAAUUUAACGAGGCUUGCAUUGUCUAUGAAGAAGGCAUCGAACAUGACCCAUAUAACUCUAUUUUACUAUGCAAUAGAGCUGCUUGUAGAUCAAAAUUGGGUCAGUUUGAUAAAGCCAUUGAUGAUUGCAUCCUUGCCCUUAACUUACGCCCAUCUUACACUAAGGCUAGGUUGAGAAGGGCAUUUUGUAAUGCUAAGUUGGAAAGAUGGGAAGCUGCAAUACAAGACUACAAAAUCUUGUUAAAAGAGACACCAGAAGAUGAAGAAGUAAAACGAGCAUUGCUGGAAGCCCAGGCACAGCUUAAGCAACAAAGGGCUGCACCAGCUUCUUUGGCAGUUGUCUAA